AUAGUUGCACCCUCAGUUGAGGUUGAGUCCCAUAUUGUGGUGGUCAUAGUUGGGGGUUGCAUUUCGAAGGAGUGUCCUGACAUAGAUAACGAAGGACUGAAGCAAUAACUUGUCAUUUGGGGUGUGUGUUUAUAAUUUUACUCAUUUGUUAAGUUGUGUCCAUUUUGCAAGUGAAAGGAAUUCCAUUUUGGAAAGUUCUCUUGACCAUAUCCGGAAGCAUCCUCUUCCUGGGAGAGACUUUCAGCCAAGUCGGCAAUUGUAUUUCAAUUGGACGCUGAAAUGCACAAGAUGCACUCCCAGAUGGAAUAUAAAGUACAUGGGAAUAAAUUUGAGCGACUGCAGGCGAAAAUACGAAAGAGUGAAAUGGAGCGUCAAGAGUUGGAAUGUAGAUUUCAGAAUUUGAUGAGGAGCUCCAAUGAAUGCGAAAAAUCGUCAUUGAAGCUGCUUCGUGCGGAGUAUAAAAAGUUCAUGGAUGAGGACAGACAGCGUGCAGAACGAAAUGAAAAUCUACUGCAAACCUUGGAUCGUAUUGAUUUUCAGGCAGCAGCUCUGGCCGCCAAAACUGAACGUUUAAAGUUACUUAAGACACAGUAUAAGACUCUUCUGCUGAAAAACUGGACGGGGGAUGGUGGAAGUCGAAUAGUUUCGCAUAGAUCCAAUAUAUCAAGUCCUCAGGACAUGAUUCCAAUGAGGUAUAUGAGGACUUCACCAGUUUAUCAGGGGCAAAGUUAUUGGACCGAUGGGGAGAUGAGCAUGAGGAAUGCACCGCAAAUUCGUGAUAUGGAAAUUCAGACAUCCCUUUCAAUGCUCAACACUCCACUAACGUCAUCCUACAGCAUGCAAGCACCAUCGGGAUUUUCGAGGAAUACCACGACAGUUCCACAGGAGGGCAAUCAAGAUGGAGGAUCAGCAGGAAGUUCGACAAAUCACCUAGAUAACUCUGAACCGGGUGAGAAAGAGGAUACACCCGAGUGGAAUAAAAUGUUCCCCACUUCUGGUGUAACUUCCACAAUUACAACUUCACAAUCUGAUUAUCAUCCAUCGCCAAAGAAAGACGAGGCACAGUCAUUGGAAAUUCAGGAGGAGUAUGGUGAGAAAUUAAUGAAUGAGGAACCACCAAAAUUAUCUCAAGAUGAGCCACGCAAGGAAUCCUUCUACCUCCAAGAGGUGCCAGAUGACAAGACAAUGGAGCAGGAAAUGGAUGGUAGAAAAAUGGUUGAGUGUCAUACACCUGAGCACCGUGAGGCAGACGAAGAAGUGCCAGAAAAGACAAUUGAUAGUGGACAGAGUGAGAUAACAGAACAAUUGGGUAAUUUAUCAACAACAGAGACACGGAGGAAACCACACACCUCAUCUCUGCGACAUGCUCUGCUCAAGAAUACAAAUCUGACGGGAAGCCGCAGUGGUGGAGGUGACAAGGGUGGCCAGAAGGUCGUUAAGAAAGUGGAAUUUUGUCUAGAUCAAAAUGAAUCACAUGAAGACACUAAGAGUCAUUGGAAUGUAGAAGAGAUUGGGGAGACAACCGAACACUAUGCCCCGACUGAGAUUGAAGUAAGUCCCCAGGAGCCUAUCAUGGAGGAAAGGAUUCUGAUGUCAACAUAUAAACCUGAACAUGCGAAGACCUACGAGAUUGAUGAUGACACAGAGCAAUAUGAUGAAGAAUAUGAUCAGGAUGAGGCAAAUAGUGAGACACAGGAGUACCCAACCCAAAAUCAAGAUGAAUCAGCAGAAGAAGGGGAUGACUAUGAACAGGGUCAAGGUGAAUAUGCAGCAGAAGAACCUACAGCUGAACCUGAACUGAUGACCCAGAACUCCGGCUACAAUCAAUAUCCGGAUACUAUUCAAGAACCUGAAGCCUAUUAUGUGGGAGUUGAGGAAAAUAUACAACCAACUGUAGAAGAGAACGCUUAUGUUCAAGAGGCAUCAUUUGCAGUUCAGGGCGGAUACAUGCAAGACAACACCGAAAUGCCUCAGUCUGAGGUAUCGUCGACACCAUCGGAGCAUUUGUUGACUCAAGGCACAAUGCUAGAGCAGAGUGAAUCACCCUAUCAACAAUUCAUUAGCCCAGAUGCCGGUGUACAGCCCAACACGUAUCAGGAUGGUGGUUUUGCAGCUCAGGGCGAAUAUUUGGAAAUGCCGCAGCAGCAGACACCCCAAGAUUUUGGCACUAAUGAAGUUUACCAAGGAACUGACUACCAGCAGUACGAGGGGGCUACAAUCAAUCAGCAGGGGGAGUAUUUGGAGUAUGACGUUACUGGAGCACAAUCUCAAGCUGAAACUUACGAUCCCAAUCAGGGAAUGAUGGCUUAUGAGCAGAAUUAUGCGCCCUACGAUGGGCAGGAGGUUCAGUAUGUUGCUGGAGGAGCUGUACAGGAGGGAUAUGAACAGGGCUAUUCAGAUGCAAAUUAUGCAGAGGUAGGAGGAAGUUACAUGGGAAAUGUCGAUGGGGGACAGGAGUAUGAGGUGCCUCAAGAGGCACAACAGUCAUAUCCCAACUUCCAGCCAACAGAUCAAUACGGCAGUCAACAGGAAGAUCCGGCCGAUUACUACAACUUAAGUGAACAACCAGUGUCAUCCAAUCAAGAUUCCAUGCAAACACUCCAAGUGGAAAAUGUAAAUCAAGAAGUUACCUCCCCUCAAACAACCUACUCCGAUGACCCAUCCAGCUUCAUCCCCCAUGAAUCUCUGCCCCCUGAUAACCCCAUUGAGGACAAACCCAAAGUCCUCAAGAGCACCAACUUCCUCGACAGUAGCAGCAGCGAAUCCGAGAGACGUCCUGGUCACAAAGUAAAAUUUGCAGAUGAAGAACUUAAGUCCACAAAUGAUGAAAGUGACUUUGACUUUUCUUCACACAAAGAUGAAAAAUAAUACAGUGCACUUGUUAGAUGACAACUUAAAUAGUCCACCCGAAUUAUUUCCAAUGAUGAAACAUUUUAAUAGGAACAUUUUCCAAAAUUUCACGCUUCAAUUGCAAAUUGCAUUCUCUAAGCUUUUUCUUUGACUCUGUCACUUGAAGCAUAAUUCCUUUUUCCUUGACAAUAAAUAUAGCAAAAAUGAUUGUAGUUAA